AUGGAUAUCAUGCAGUGGAAGCCCGAUGUGAGGCAGCCCGCGAACCGAGGCGACGCGAUCCGGGACGCCGUGAUGCUGCCGCCUCGAGCCUACUGCUGCUGCCGCCAGCUCAUUGAGCUGGGCCUCUGGGGGUGCGGGCUCGGGGACUUCGGCGCCGCCACGCUGGCGAGGGCGCUGCAGACAGGCUGCGGGGCGAGGCUGCAGACGCUGCUCCUCGACGACAACGGCAUCGCCGGCGCGGGCGCCACCGCGCUGGGCCAGCCGUGUCGGCUCAAGGUGGCCUCGUGGGCUGCCAGUCGCAGGGGCGGUCCCAAGGGGGGGCACCGAACCGCAGCACACGGCCCUUUGCCGUGCGCGGCCCGGUCGGGUCCUUCUCGGGCCAUGGGGGAGCAGCAGGGGGAGUCGCGCCAGCCCCAGGUGCAGGUAUGGGAGAACACCUAUAUCAUGGCCCCGAAAGACGAGGAGAAGUUCUUGCCCUCGAAGGUGACAGAAGCCACUGAGAAGGUGAUGAGCGAGUACCUCAGGGACAAGGAGUACAACGCGGAGGACGCUAAGGCGUGGACUUUGGAGAUCGCCAACGACAUAAAGGCCGCGGUGAAGGAGCUGAACAUCCCGCGCUACAAGCUGAUCGUGCAGGUGGCUAUUGGAGAGCAGGGGUCUCAGGGCGUACGGAUCGCCUCCAAGUGCCUGUGGGACAGCACGUCCGACAACUGGUCCUCGCACACGUUCGCCAACGACUCGCUCUUCGCAACAGCCAUGGUGUUCGGAUGCUACUACGAGUGA